AUGCUCCCAUUGAACGUAUGGGCAAGAUGGCGUCCUCUCAGGCCCAAUGAGCCACAGGGCGAAAUCGAACGCGAAUACAGCCAAGGUGAAUACUCACCAUCAUCAAUAUCCAUCGUUGCACCUCCAUCUUCUACUCGAGAUCGCUCGUGGAAAAGCGCCGCAUCUUUUGCUGGGAUAUUCGAUGCAGAUGACAAGAACAACACCGUCUUUGAAAAAGUCAUAGUCCCUGUCCUGCCACAUGUCUUGCAGGGAAAAUCGUGCAACUUCUUUGCAUAUGGCCACUCGGGCAGCGGCAAGUCGCAUACGAUUAUCGGAUAUGAUUAUGAAAAUAGCGAUGAGUUUGGGCUUUCUUUGGCUGCUGCUCGUUAUUUGGGAGAAGUGCUUGAGAGUAAGAAUGAAGGUGAUGAUAGCGACAAGCUCGGACUCGGAAUCCGGAUGUAUGAAUUACGAAAGAAUACGGCUUUUGACCUCCUCAACGGCCGUCGAGAAUGUUUCGUCCGUCAAGGGUCUGACGGACAGGUGUAUAUCCGUGGGGAGACCGAGAUGCUGGAAAACGGGAAAGUCAGGGUCAGACCUAUCGCAACAAAAGCAUGCUGGAGUUUCGAGGAUCUGCGCCGCGAGUUGCAAGUGGGAUUGAAACUUCGCACGACAGGGACCUCAACAGUCCAUGAUCAGAGUUCUCGGACGCAUGCAGUUUUGGAGCUUGAGAUUGUGACCAAGUCACUACUGGAGGCACGCGAUGCGGUGAUAGAGCGACAGUCAGAGCUUGUUCCGGUGGGGAAAUACGCGACUGAUGUCUACAUUGAAGAGAAUUAUCGCGGCUUGAUACAGAAUGAAGAGGGGAAGUAUGUUCCCAAUCCCGACUAUCAGAUCGACCAGACACGGAUCGAUGCUGCCGAGGCAAAGAAGGCCGAGUUUGAAUCAUGCGUUAAGGAAGCCGAGAGCUACGAGUCUCAAGUAUUUGACUCUAUAGCCCAGCGACAUGUGUGUAUUGGAGGAAAGCUCGUUUUUGUCGAUCUCGCAGGCUCAGAAUACUCAGAUCAGAACACUGGGAUGAAGCAAACACCACAGGAGAAACAAGAGGGAAGGCAAAUCAACACAGAUCUUCUGGCUUUGAAGGAAGUCAUACGGGCUAGAGCACUGAACAAGACCCAUAUCCCGUUUAGAUCUUCGCCGCUGACCAUGGUGCUGCGUCAACAUUUCCAGGCGUCGAUAGACAGUCAUUCGGCGAUGAUUCUCACUGUUUCACCAUCCGUUGAGCAGUUUGCGGCUACGAUGAAUACGCUGAAGUAUGGGAAUUUAGUCGGUGCGGCAGGUGGAAAGAAAUAG